AUGCAUGCAUCUUAUCCCAAUAAAAGGACUCCUAUUCAUUGGGACAGAUUAAAUUUAGAGUACCCCAAGGAACCUAUUCAAGAGGAGAAAAAUUAUAGCAGAAACUAUAACAUCACCAAUGAAUUGACGAGAUCACAAACAGCUUUGCACUAUGGGGUAAAACAACCUGAAAGAGAAAGAUACAGUAAAAACACAUCAUGCACGGAAAAUUUAUACAUCUAUCCUCCUCCCAGAACGUUAACAGAACGACCACCGUCUCACAAAGCACACGGUAUCACAGAAACUCAGAGAUCAUUCGUAAAACAAAUAAUACCCAGUCGACUUGUUACUGCCAAAGAACACUUUCUUCAUCCAGCUUCAUUGCCUUUAGAUCCGCCUUCUAUAGAACCAUUUAACAAAGGGAUCGAGCCUUUGGACACUACCCACGAGGGCUUCGAAAAAUUAUUGGAUCCGUACCUAACCACUAGCAGGCUCCACCAUCGACCUUUCACUGCUGAACAAAUGAACAGAAUCUCCAAUACCAAUGAUAUUAUGACUUAUUACACAUACUCCAAUACUCCUUGGAUUCGAUCGCCAAAGCCAUCUAUUGAUAAAUGGCGUCUACCUCUAAGCCGACCCAAAUCGAUGUACGAUAAAUCGAAGUUCAAGGAAGUUUUCCGAGAAAUAAGAACGCAUAAUAAAUUGCAAUGGACUCCUAGUUCAUUCCGUACGGAAACAAGAGACAACUUCAAGACUGUACAAUCAAGACCUGAAUCUGAAGUUUACGAUUUUGAAGAUAGGAUAAGGAAUUUCUAUCAAAGUUCUAUAGCUCACUUACAGUCAAAUAUACCAGAAGAACAAUCGCUAAUACAAGCAAAUUAUUGUACAGAAAACUCUACAGUUGGAUCAAGAAAACCUUUAUGUUCUGUAUUUGACCCUUAUACGGAGAAGAAUAAACGUGUAGUUAGAAAGGGACUUUGA